AUACAUAUUCCAGGAAGACCUGCAAUUCUACAACAUUUCUAAGUGAUUGGCCGGCAAUGUGGAGCUCUUGUGUUCAUGUUGUUGUUGUGCUUGCUUCUCUUCUUGUUCUUCUGCACUCGGUAGCUCUAGUCUCAGCUGAUAAGGACUCUACCACUAGUCAGUGGCAAACACUCAAAGGCAAGCCGCCUUUGGUCAUAGCACGCGGGGGAUUUUCAGGAUUGUUCCCUGGUUCUAGUUCUGUGGCAUAUGACUUCACAUUGUCCACUAGUGUACCAGAUGUGUUACUUUGGUGCGAUGUCCAACUGACCAAGGAAGGAGCUGGAAUUUGCUUUCCAGAUCUGCUACUAAGUAACAGUUCUGAUGUUGAUAUUAUAUAUCCAAAGACGGUCAAGACUUACACCAUAGAUUAUACUCUCAAAGACCUUGCAAAUGUUUCUGUUACUCAGGGAAUAUAUAGUCGAAUUGAUAGGUUUGAUGGCAACGGGUACCAAAUUCUCACUGUUGAAGAUGUCGCUAAGAUUUUGAAACCACCAGCAGGCUUAUGGUUGAAUAUUGAGAACAAUAUUUUCUUCUCACAACACAACUUGAGUAUGAGAAACUUCGUGCAUUCUGUAAUGAGAAAAGUGGUUGUCAAUUACAUCUCAUCACCCGAGGUGGCUUUCCUGAACAGCAUUAAAGGAGCUGUUAGUCCAAGAACUACUAAGUUGGUCUUUCGGUUUCUGGGACUAACUGAGAUUGAGCCUUCAACCAAUCAAACUUAUGGAUCUCUGUUAAAGAAUCUCACAUUUAUCAAGACAUUUGCCUCAGGAAUUCUAGUUCCUAAAACUUACAUAUGGCCUGUCACAACUGACAAUUAUUUAGAACCACACACUUCACUUGUUUUGGAUGCUCAUAAAGCAAAACUAACAGUGUUCGCGUCCGGAUUUAUGAAUGAUGCCACAUUACCCUACAAUUACAGUUAUGAUCCAUUAGCUGAGUACCUGUCAUUCAUUGACAAUGGCAACUUCACUGUUGAUGGUGUCCUGUCAGACUUUCCAAUAACUCCAUCAGCAGCCAUAGAUUGCUUUGCUCACCUAAGACAAAAUGCUUCAGUGCAAGACAAGCCUUUGGUUAUUUCAAAAAAUGGAGCAAGCGGAGACUAUCCUGAUUGUACUGAUUUGGCAUAUAUGAAAGCGCUUGAAGAUGGUGUGGAUGUGCUCGAUUGUCCUGUCCAAAUGUCUAAGGAUGGGAUACCAUUUUGCUCAAGUUCUAUUAGUCUUAAUGAUAUCACAACAGUUGCUCAAUCAAGUUUUCAGAACUUCACAAUGGUUGUUCCGGAGUUUCAGGCUGAAGGUAGAAUAUAUACCUUUAGCCUGACAUGGGAUCAGAUCAAAACAUUACAACCAAGCAUAUCAAACCCCCAGGAAUACUACAAGUUGUACAGAAAUCCAAGGUUCAGAAGGGCUGGGACUUACGUGAAAUUAUCUGAUUUCCUUAACAUGGCAAAGAACAGGAGCUCUGUUUCUGGUGUCUUGAUCAGCAUAGAGUAUGCGGCGUAUCUUGCAGAGAAGCAGGGAUUAAGUGUAACAGAUGCAGUCAUUACUGAGUUGAACAAAGCUGGUUUGGACAAUCAGACAGGCCUAGAUAUCAUGAUUCAGUCCACCAACAGUUCUGUUCUAAUGAAAUUUAAGGAGAAAAGCAAGUGUAAACUUGUUUACAAAAUUGAAGAAGUUAUUAGAGAUGCCCUUCACACAACUCUUCAGGACAUCAAGAAGUUUGCCGAUGCUGUGGUCAUCAACAAGGCCUCUGUCUUUCCUGAAAAUGUUGAAUACGUCAUUGGAGCAACCGAUGUUGUAACAAAGCUGCAUGCAUUUGAUCUUCAUGUUUAUGUUGAACUGUUCAGCAAUGAGUAUUUAUCUCAAGCAUGGGACUUCUUCUCGGAUCCAACUGUUGAGAUCAAUUCGUUUGUCUCGGGGGUCAAUGUUGAUGGUAUUAUCACAGACUUCCCCAAAACAGCUGUUAGAUACAAAAGGAACAAGUGUUUAUUUUAUAGAGAGAGACCUAGCUACAUGAAGCCUAUCCAGCCAGGCGUGCUGUUUACAGCUAUUUCUCCAGCUCAAUUGCCACCGGUUGAGGCUCCAAAUCCGGUGCUGACUGAGAGUGAUGUGACUGAGCCACCUUUGCCUUCUGCCUUAGCUCCGCAGAUCACAGGCGGACCUACAGUAGCACCAACACCACCACCUCCAAAUGGGCAGCCUAAGAUUAAUGCUGCAUGCUUCUUCCUCUCAAAUCUGGCUUUGCUUGCAAUUGUUGCCACCCUUUUGCAGCUCUAAAACUGCGAGGCAGUCGAUUUGCACUUUAGUAGAUCAUGCUCUUGUAGUUUUCAAAUGAACAUCAGCUAACAAUUUAUCAAAUUUGAUUACUUG